AUGGAGUAUCAAAAAGGAUCACCACUCCUCAUGCGUGUGCAGAAUGCAAAAGACGAAAGAUUCGGUGUGACGGCCGCCAGCCGUGUGGCCAAUGUCUUGGAUGUCGAUCGCCAAAGCCGUGCUACUAUGACAAACAUCGUCAACGGGACUCUUGAUGCGCUCUCGCAAUCGCUCGAAGAAUGUCGAAGCGUUCUUAAAAGAUUAUAUCCUACUCGUGAUCCACAGUCAUUGCUCCCUUUGUCCCGCCAAGAGUUGAUUGUCCUCCUCGAUCGCGGCGACCAGCGUGGUAGUGUGCAAGCACAGACAUCACCAACUGGCUCUCAUAGCACCACAUCGCCACUAUCCCAGAUCUCCCAAGAUUUACUCUCACCCAUCGCCUCGGUGUCUGAAGAAGAUCACCGGACUCUCGCUCAUCUCGAGCAAAUACCUAGCCAAGAUACGGAAUGGGAUGAAGAGCGACGAAAUCGAGACCCAAUACCAGCAGAAGCUGACGAUGUGAAUGCACUAUCUCUAUCUGUAGAUCGGCAGACUUCAUAUUUGGGGGCUAGUUCGAUCAAGGCCGCCUUCCUCGUGAUCCUGAAGGUAGCACCAAAGCUACGAUCCUUCCUCGCCGCUUCACAUAACGGCAACAGCUACAACAAGCAAUCAAACGUCGCUAGCAACUACCCUACGCCGCGGCCUGGUGUCCCUGUCAAGAGCUUACUCGCAAUUACGUGGUCAUCGGAGGGCCAGACUCUAAUUGAUGCCUACUUCAACCGAGUCCAGAUCUUAGUGCCUAUGCUCGACGAGCCUUCCUUCAGGGCCGAUUAUCUGAAUGCACGACGCCAUGAUGCGCCAUGGUUGGCCCUUCUCAACAUGGUCUUCGCAAUGGGUAGCAUUGCUGCAAACAAGUCGGACGAUCAUUCCCAUAUCACCUACUACCAACGGGCAAAAGAGCACUUAGGACUCGAUAGCUUCGGUAGUGGGCACUUGGAGACUUUACAAGCUCUAACUUUGCUGGGCGGUUUCUAUCUGCAUUACAUCAACCGACCCAAUAUGGCAAAUGCUAUGAUGGGCGCUGCAUUGCGAAUGGCUUGUGCCAUGGGACUUCAUAGAGAGGGCCUGGUUGAGCAGGCUAAUGCCAGUACAAUGCUAAUCGAGCAAAGAAGAAGAACAUGGUGGAGUUUAUUCUGUGUCGACACUUGGGCAGGUACUACGCUUGGUCGGCCUUCUAUGGGACGCUGGGGACCGGGCAUCACGAUACGGUCGCCAGAGGAGACGAAUGAUUUGAGGAUAAUGGGACAGAAUGCCGGAAACGCGCUCAUGAUUGAGAACGUCAAGUUCUGCAAAAUAUCCACACAAAUUCAAGAUGCUUUAGCCCAAUCACCGCUACUUCGGCCCGAGGACCGGGCCAAUCUCGACAAUCAACUCGUCGCAUGGCAGGAAAAUCUCCCGUACAUGUUAAGAUCGACAGAGCCCUGUCCGGAAUCGAUCUAUACGGCACGCUGUGUCAUGAAGUGGCGCUGCCAGAACCUCCGCAUUGUUCUACAUCGGCCCGUCCUCCUCAAUCUCGCUAACGCCGGAAAUGAAGUGACAGCAACCCAGGACGAACUUGAGGCAGUCAACAGAUGUCGAACCAUCGCAAAACAGACGAUCGAGGACAUCGCGCGCGAAUGGACUGCAAACCAGAUGCUGGGUUGGAAUGGAGUCUGGUUCAUGUAUCAGGCUUCGAUGAUCCCACUUAUUAGCAUGUUUUGGGAGUCCUGGAACACACAACUCGUCCGAGAUUGUCAGGCUCAGAUUGAGGUCGUUCUAGAGGCUUUUGAAGGCAUGACUGAUUGGUCGCUGGCUGCAAGGAGGAGUCGGGAGGUGUUAGUGAAGAUGUAUGAGGCGAGUAAGAGUCCUCUCACACGACAAAACAGCCCGCGGAUGGGGCCAACACAGGUGAAGAGCGAAAAUGGGGUCAACGGAUUGACUCCUCCGUCUUCUAUGAAUGGCAUGAACGGGAAUGGAAUGACUGGUGUCGAUGGGAUGAACCAUAUGAUGCAUGGGAUGAACGGAAUGAAUGGACACAUGCUAGACGGACCAGAGAUACCGCAUAUCGAGAUGAUGGGCGAGGACGGGAUGGUAUUGAUGGACCACCCCGGCAUCUGGGAUCUCGACGGGAUGCUCUGGGGCAGUCUACCAGACGGGCUAGACAUGCCAUAUGACGGCAUGGCGAUGGAUUUCGAGGACGCCGGCAUGGGCCACUACGACGGGAAUUACAUGAUGAUGCAUCAGUAA